AUGGGAGCUUUUAUAGAUCUCAGCACCAAAGCCAAGAUGCCCAUUGUGGGCCUGGGGACCUGGCAGUCUUCCUCAGGCAAAAUCAAAGAAGCCGUGAAGGUGGCCAUUGAUGUAGGGUAUCGUCACAUCGACUGUGCCCUUUUCUAUCAGAAUGAGAAUGAGGUGGGAGAAGCCAUCCAAGAGAAGAUUCAAGAGAAAGUUGUCAAGCGGGAGGACCUCUUCAUUGUUAGCAAGUUGUGGUGCACAUUCUUUGAGAAAAGCCUUGUGAAGGAAGCCUGUUGGAAAACGCUGAAGGACUUGAAACUGGACUACCUGGAUGUUUACCUUAUGCACUUUCCACAGGGAUUUCAGGCUGGAAAAGACUUCUGGCCCAGAGAUGAUAGAGGCAGUGUCAUCCCCAGUAAAGCAGCAUUCUUGGAUACAUGGGAGGUCAUGGAGCAGCUCGUAGAUGAGGGUUUGGUGAAAGCCAUUGGUAUCUCCAAUUUCAACCACUUCCAAAUUGAAAAGCUCUUGAACAAGACUGGACUGAAAUAUAAACCAGUAACUAACCAGGUGGAGUGUCAUCCAUGCCUCACCCAGGACAGACUGAUCCAGUACUGCCACUCCAAGGGCAUCACUGUCACUGCCUACAGUCCUCUGGGCUCUCCAGAUAGACCUUGGGCCAAGCCAGAGGACUCUUCACUGCUAGAAGAUCCCAAGAUAAAGGAGAUUGCUCUGAAGCAUAAAAAAUCCACAGCGAACAUUGUGAUCCGGUUCCACAUCCAAAGGAAUGUGGCAGUGAUCCCCAAGUCUGUGACCCCAGCACACAUUGUUGAGAACUUUCAGGUCUUUGACUUCAAGCUGAGCAAUGAGGAGAUGGCAGCCAUCCUCAGCUUCAAUAGAAACUGGAGGUUCUGCAAUUUGGAGGAGUAUCCCUUCCAUGCAGAAUAUUGA